AUGGCAUCGACAGGACCUUUAAUAAAUGCCAAAUUUGAUCCAACAAAUACUUACUUAGCAUCGGGGGUUAUUGCAUUAGAUACGCAUCAAGUAAGAGUACAAUCUAUAAAUCCGUCACAAUCGUCGUUGAAUUCAUCGUUCAGCUUAGACAAAUCGUCAAGGUUAACGGCAUUAUCAUGGAUAUCAUACAACGAAAACCAGCUCAUCGCCAUAGGAUUAAGUAAGGGAUCGAUCCUUGUAUAUUCUCCUUUAACCAAUGAAAUAAUAUCAGAAUUAGUUACUCCAACUAACUUAUCUAUCCAAGAUUUCCACUAUUCUAAAUUAACUCAAAGUGGAUGGUCUUGUGAUAUCGGUGGAAACAUUCAUGAAUGGGAUUUAACAAAUUUUAAGUUGUUACAAAGCUUUGCCAUCAAUGAUUUGUUAGAAUCAUCUGAGAAUAUUUCUAGAAUCUCGACCGUGCUUUACGAAGAAAAAGCUCAUUUGUUGCUCGGUUCCCAUUCAGUUUAUCUUAUAGAGAUUGAAGGAAGACAAAUCCUCAAAACCUUCCCUGCUCAUGUUCAGCCAAUAGAAACUAUCUACCCAAUCCCAAAUAAUAAUGAUUUAUUCCUUACUAGUGCUGUUGACGACAGAUUCAUUAAUUUAUAUUCGAUUUCCAAGCAGAAUACCAAGGCAGUGUUUGUGGCUCAAGCGUCUAUUUUAGAUAUGACCCUUGGAAUAAAGAAUGAAAAUUCAUCAGUUUUAGUAAUGCUUACUGAAAAUGGCUCUUUAGAAGUCUUCAAUAACCCAUUAUCAAGCGAUGCUCCGGUAUCGGCAAAUAUUCAUUCCAAAAAGAAGAGAAGACAACAAUUAUCUACAGUUCAAUCUCGUUCUUCAAAUGCAACUGUUAAGUUGGCUAGACCAAAAGAUGAAAUUAAAAGUGGCGUUGAUAUGGGUUUAUCUAUAACUGCAGUGUCCGUAAAUGAUGACUCUAUUCUUUUAUCAUGGUUGGAAAAUGCUAAUUUGCUGUACUUUGAAUCUAUUAAAUGGUUGAACGAAUCGGGCGAAGCGAUUUUAGAUAACUCGGUUACUAUUGAAAAGUCGAAACCAGAUUUAAAGACUACGAGCCAUUCUGAUUAUGGUCAUGAUAUCGCAGCAUCUAAACAUUAUAAUGAAGGAAAUGCAAUUGUCACUGAUGGCUCAAACUUCAAAGAUUUGGACAAUGAAAGUGACAACGAAGAGCAAGAAGAAGAGACAUUAGCAGAAAAAUUGGAAAAGUUGUCAACUGACCAAAAACCAAAGCAGGCUAAUCCAAAUAAAAGAAAGUUAGGUAGCAAAAACGCUCCUGCAACCUUGACUAUCGUUCUUUCUCAAUCUUUAAAGAGUAAUGACCAUUCAUUGUUAGAAACUGUUUUAAGUAACCGUGACCCUCAUAUUAUUCAAAGUACCAUUAGUAGAUUGGACUCAUCAUUAGCUGUCGUUCUAUUAGACAGAUUAGCUGAAAGAAUUACGCGUCAAACUUCUAGAUUUGACCAAUUAAACUAUUGGUUGAAAUGGAUUAUAAUUAUUCAUGGAGGUGUUUUGACAUCAUUCCCAAAUUUGAAUAUAAAGUUAUCAAACUUGCAUGCAAUCUUAUCCAAAAAGGCAGAUACAUUACCUAGAUUAUUGGAAUUACAAGGAAGAUUAAAUAUGUUAUACCAGCAGAAUGAUUUGAAGAAAGAGAUUCUCAGGGACGAUUUCAAUGAUGAUUCUGAAAACGAGGAAAGUGACGUGGAAUAUGUAGAAGAAUUAGAUGAUGCAGAAUUACUUCAAGAUGGUCAAGAUGAAAGUGAUGAUGCAAUGGAUAUCAUAAAUGGUCAAGAUGAUUAUUUGGAUUCUGAUAUUGAAAAUGAAAGCCAAGAUGAAGGGGAAAGUGAAAGCGAAGUUGAAGACGAAAAACCAAGAGAUGUAACGAAGUCUGUUAUGGAUUUAGAAAAUCCUGAAGAUGAAGAAGCUUAUAGUGAUAUCGAAAUUGCGGUUAAGAAUGACGAUAUAUCAGAAGACGACGAAGAAGAUAAAUAA